CCAGUCAUAGAGCGUCGCUGGUUUCUCGGAUUGUUGCUAGAAGGAGACGGCAUAGAUAGCUGAGGGGACGCGCUGCGUCUAACCGUGUAGUCGCGCGUUCUUGAUGCGGCUUGGCGAACCUGCAGCCGGCUUGUGGGCUGCGGGGCCUGGAGAGAAUCGUCCCGAGGCGGCUGGGGAACGGUCAGGGGCGUCCAGGCGUUCCUGUCGUCAUCCCAGUCAGCGCCAUGUCCUGGAUGUUCAAGAGGGAUCCUGUUUGGAAGUACUUACAGACUGUCCAGUAUGGAGUCCAUGGAAGUUUUCCACGCCUCCCAUAUCCAACGUUCUUUCCACGUUUUGAAUUCCAAGAUGUUAUUCCUCCAGAUGACUUCCUAACUAGUGAUGAAGAGUUAGAUUCGGUUUUGUUUGGAACUUUGAGAGGUCAUGUGGUUGGACUACGCUAUUACACAGGAGUAGUCAAUAAUAAUGAAAUGGUUGCAUUACAGCGAGAGCCUAAUAACACCUAUGAUAAGAAUGCAAUUAAAGUAAACAAUGUGAAUGGAAAUCAGGUUGGGUAUUUAAAGAAAGAUCUCGCAAUUGCUUUGGCCUAUAUCAUGGAUAACAACUUGGCCCAAGUGGAAGGGGUAGUUCCUUUUGGUGCAAAUAAUACUUUUACCAUGCCUCUGCAAAUGACUUUUUGGGGAAAAGAAGAAAAUAAAAAAGCAGUUUUAGAUCAUUUGAAGAAACAUGGAUUUAAAUUGGGUCCUGCCCCGAAAACUUUAGGAUUUAGUUUGGAAAGUAGUUGGGGCUCUGGAAGAGCUGGACCAAGCUACAGUAUGCCAGUUCAUGCCGCAGUACAGAUGACAACUGAACAGCUUAAAACAGAAUUUGACAGAUUGUUUGAAGAUUUAAAAGAAGAUGAUAAGACUCAGGAAAUGGAACCAGCUGAGGCUGUUGAAACACCAUUGCUUUCACAUCAGAAACAAGCUCUAGCUUGGAUGAUUUCACGAGAAAACAGUAAAGAGCUUCCACCAUUCUGGGAACAGCGAGAUGACUUGUACUAUAACACAAUAACAAAUUUUUCUGAGAAGGAACGACCAGAAAAUGUCCAUGGAGGAGUUUUAGCUGAUGAUAUGGGCUUGGGUAAGACUCUUACAGCCAUUGCAGUAAUUCUUACCAAUUUCCACGAUGGCAAACCUCUUCCUGUUGAAAGAAUUAAGAAUCAGCUGAAGAAGGAAUGUAAGGAAUGUGAUGUUAACCAGGAGUCUGUGAAGCUUGGAAGAAACAGUGCCAGUGAAAAUGCAGAUGGCCGAAGCAAAGAAGUAGAAGGAUCUGGAUGUAAUGAAGAACCCAGUAUUUCACAUAUCAAGAAGAAUAAGCAUUCCAUAUUAGAAUUCUUUAGUUCCCAGCCCAAAAGAAGAAAAAUGGCUGCCCAGUACAUUGAAAGCAGUGAUUCAGAGGAAAUUGAAACAAGUGAAUUGCCACAUAAGAUAAAAGGAAAACUGAAAAAUGCGCAGUCAGAGACUAAAAGGCUGAAAGCGGGAUCAUCUAAGGUUAAAGAAGAUGCAGCAUUUGGACUUACCUCACCUUCCCCUACUGCAAAAAAGAAAAUGUUGAAAAAGGGAGCGUCUUUCAUGGACAGUUCAAAGAAAACUGAUGUUGAAGAGAGACCAAGAACCACACUGAUCAUUUGUCCACUUUCUGUGUUAAGCAACUGGAUUGACCAGUUUGGACAACAUAUAAAAUCAGAAGUACAUUUGAAUUUUUAUGUUUAUUAUGGUCCUGAUCGUAUUAGAGAUCCAGCCUUGCUUUCAAAACAAGAUAUUGUUUUGACUACGUACAAUAUUUUAACUCAUGACUAUGGAACGAAAGGUGAUAGUCCACUACAUAGCAUAAAGUGGCUAAGAGUGAUCUUGGAUGAAGGACAUGCCAUACGAAAUCCAAAUGCUCAGCAGACCAAAGCUGUACUUGAUUUAGAAGCAGAGAGAAGAUGGGUACUGACAGGUACUCCUAUCCAGAAUUCCUUAAAGGACUUGUGGUCUCUUCUUUCCUUUUUAAAACUCAAACCAUUUCUUGAUAGAGAAUGGUGGCACAGAACAAUACAGCGUCCUGUUACAAUGGGAGAUGAAGCAGGACUUAGGCGCUUACAGUCCCUAAUUAAAAAUAUCACACUUAGACGAACAAAGACAAGCAAAAUUAAAGGAAGGCCUGUUUUGGAGUUACCAGAACGUAAAGUAUUCAUUCAGCACAUAACACUUUCAGAUGAAGAGAGAAAGAUUUAUCAGUCUGUGAAAAAUGAAGGCAAAGCUACUAUUGGAAGGUAUUUUAAUGAAGGAACUGUCCUUGCACACUACGCCGAUGUCCUGGGUCUUCUGCUUAGAUUGCGGCAGAUUUGUUGUCAUACUCACCUUCUUACAAAUGCAGUGGCAUCCAGUGGUCCUUCAGCCUUUUCUCUAGGAAGUGAUACACCUGAGGAACUGAGAGAGAUGUUAAUAAAGAAGAUGAAGUUGAUUCUGAGCUCUGGUUCAGAUGAAGAAUGUGCAAUUUGCCUGGAUUCUUUGACAGUUCCUGUGAUAACGCAUUGUGCACAUGUAUUUUGUAAACCUUGUAUUUGCCAAGUCAUUCAGAAUGAGCAGCCACAUGCUAAAUGCCCUUUAUGCAGAAAUGAUAUUCAUGGAGACCAUUUACUAGAAUGUCCUCCAGAAGAAUUGGCAUGUGAUAGUGAGAAAAAGUCUAAUGUGGAAUGGACAUCCAGUUCAAAGAUUAAUGCUCUAAUGCAUGCUUUGAUUGACUUACGAAAGAAGAAUCCCAACAUAAAGAGUUUAGUUGUUUCUCAGUUUACAGCGUUCCUGUCUUUAAUAGAAACACCACUUAAAGCCUCUGGAUUUGUGUUUACUCGUUUGGAUGGUUCCAUGGCCCAAAAAAAGAGAGUUGAAUCAAUUCAGUGUUUUCAAAACAUGGAAGCAGGAUCUCCAACUAUAAUGCUGCUGUCCUUGAAAGCAGGUGGAGUUGGUUUGAAUCUUUGUGCAGCUUCUCGAGUGUUUUUAAUGGAUCCAGCCUGGAAUCCUGCUGCUGAAGAUCAGUGCUUUGACAGAUGCCAUCGACUUGGUCAGAAGCAAGAAGUUAUUAUCACAAAAUUCAUUGUGAAGGAUUCUGUUGAAGAAAAUAUGCUGAAAAUACAAAACACAAAAAGAGAACUUGCAGCUGGAGCUUUUGGAACGAAAAAGACAAAUGCUAAUGACAUGAAACAAGCUAAAAUCAAUGAAAUAAAAACUUUAAUUGAUUUGUAAUAUGUGGGAUUUUAGCAAGGUCAGUUUUAUCAGAUGUAUAAGUAUUGGAAAUGAGCAAACAGAUUUAGGAAUAAGAUCUAGAAUGUCUUCUAUGAGGCGCAUACUGUUUUAUAUUAGUAAACAGGUAAUACUGACACAUAACUUCUUUUAUAUAUGGAUGUAUUUUUAAUAAUAUUUCAAAUAGCAAUAAGUUCUGUUAUAUACUGUGGCCUAAAAUAAUUUUUUGAGAUAAAAGGUUGCUUUGUUACUCAACUUUUUCAUAGAUAAUCCUAUGCUGAGUUUUUUUUCAUAUAUCUUCUAAGUACUCAGCUUUUUCAUAUUUCAAAUAAGAGCAAAUCUUUUAUUCUUUGAGCAGUGGAGACUUUAGUAUGUAGGACACAUUUGGUUUUUCAACAAAGCCUCUGAUUUGUGAUGCAGUGGAUUCAUGUAAAGGAUGUAUGUGAUUUUAGUGGACUUUCAAACCAUCUUUGCAUUCCAAAACCAAAUCGUAAAUGAGAGACCAAAGUCUAGGCUAACAGAUUACUUGGAACGUUUCUUUUAAACAACUUCAUUGAGAUAUAGCUUAUAUAGGUAACUUUUUCCCCCUGUAUUGGGGAUUGAACCCAGGGCCUUUGCACUGAACUAUAUCCCCAUCCCUAUUGUUAAUAUUUUGAGACAGUCUUGCAAAAAUCACUAAACUGUCUAGGGUUGGCUUGAGCUUGUGAUACUGUUGUCUUACUGUCCUGUAGUGCUAUGAUUACAGGCAUGUACCACCACACCCAGCUCAUAUCUGUGACUUGGAAGUUUAAGUUUUGAAACAAUUAGGGACUGUGUUACAGCACUAUUUUCUCCAGUUUAGUCAAGUGGUACUACAUUGUUUGAAUGUAAUUUGAUAUAAACACGGGGUGUAAAUAUAGCCUGUGGGGUAAGAGGGAACCAGUUCUACCCAAUUUAAUUUCAGUAUCUAAAUUAUGGAAUUUGAAUAGAUAUUUCUAUAAAUAGAUAAUUUUUAUUUAUGUAGUUUUUUUGGAAAUAACUAUAAAUUUUUAUAAUUCAGAAGACUACUGUGUGUGAGAGGCGUGAUAUCUGGAUGGAAGUUGGGCUGGAUGACCUCCAAAGUCAUUUCAACUCUUAAAGACAUCUUAAUCCUGAAUGUAAAAAUUUCUUUGUUCUGUGUGUUUGAAAUCAGAAUUUGAUUUUGUAACUUCGGUAAUUCAUUCCCACAUUUCAUGCUCUUGUUGUAAGCAAACUCACAGUAGUUGCCACAGAAUUCUAGAUGACUUUUGGAUCAUAUUUAAAAGAAGCAAGCUAGAAAUUUAGCAGUUGUGUUAGUUGGUCCAUGGAUUUAUUUCCUUAAGAGAAUUUUUUAAAUCCAAAGAGAUUAACUACUGUAAUAAGAGAUGCUUCAUACUUGAUACAGACUUAACACGUAAAGUUUUACUUACAGUAUUAGAAGUGGCUUGACUGAAAGAUAAUAGAGGUCAGUUGUGUUACAGGCACAUAUCUAGGGUGUACAUCAAGUGUGUCACCCCCUACGUCUUCUCCCAGGGUCCUGUCUCUUGCUCCAAGGAAACACAUUAGCCAUUGAGAAUCUUCUCAGUCUCUUUUUUUCUGAGAGCUAACAGGGAAGGUAGAGGGCUCAUUUUCAUGAACAUCAAGUCAGACCUUUCUGCGGGAAUGAGAGAGAAUUAACAUGGGGUUGGUCAGCUAGCACUAGGAGCCCUAGGGAAAUUCUUUACCUUGUAGGUCUAGUGUUCAACAAAAAAAUCAGGCUCAUCAGGAUCUCAUUAAAUGUGGUAUAUGGUUUUUCUGUAUACCAACAGUCCAGUGAGAUUAAGAAGAUUAGGAUAAUUUUUUGAAAAAAAUAAAAAGUCUAUUUGUCUUGAUUACAGAAGCAGGGCCAUUCAGAUUCAACUCUAAAGGUGAAAUAUCUUACCCAAAUACUUAAGAGUUCUGCUUUAAACACGUAAGUUUGGCAAGUCAUUUAAAAAUGUUUUUGUUUUUAUACAGACCUAUUAAGUGGUGUUAAAUAAUUUAAUUCAUCUUAAAAUAUAUAAACCACUGCAAUGAAAACUAUACUUAUGCUGUUAAUUCUCUUAUUAUUACAUAGAAUAAUAGCUUUAGGAAUAUAUUGCAAAUAUUGUAUUUCCAGUUGUGGUUCAAACUGAGUUUUGUGGUUUAAACUGGAUUUUGUUUUAAAUUUAAAAUAAAUAUUUCAAAAACUGA